GAUGAUGACGAUGCGGAUGCGAGCGGUUGUGGUCGCGGCAGUGGCGGCGAUGCUGCUGCUUGUCGUGGGAUGCUGUGAUGUGUGCGCUGGUGAUGAGUCGCAGCUGUACCCAUCAGCAAGUGCUGUCAUGGACCUCAACUCCAUUUCACAGCUCAACAGCCUCAGACACGCAAAGAAGCUGACCAUCAUCGAGAUCUACCGCGUGGAUUGCGGGUAUUGUCAAGCUUUUGCUCCAGAGUAUGAAAAGGUUGCGGAGAAGCUGCGACGCAUGGUGAACGUGAUGGCCGUGGACGUGCACCGCAACAUGGAAGUGGUGCGGGAGAUGGAAAGCCGGUACAACUUCAAGCUGGAGGGCGUGCCGCACAUCUUCUUCCUCAAACCGCAGGCCAACGGCAAACCGCCAAAGCGCAUUGUCUACGACUCUGACCGGAAAGCCAGCACCCUCUCCAAGAUUGCUGUCGGCCAUAUGCCAGACUACAGCCGGUAUGUGACCGACAUGUCGCUGCACAAGAUCAUGCGCGAGGACGACCUCCCUGUUGCCGUUCUGGUCACGUCCAAGAAGACAACACCGCCCAUCUGGAAGGCGCUCUCGGCCAAGUACAAAGGCCGCAUGAAGCUUGGUGUCACAAACCCAAAGCACAAGGGCGUAACCGACGCCACCGGCGUGGAAAAUGCACCCGGCAUUGCAGUCCUCCGCAGCAACAAGGUGGACAUCCACCCCACACACGGCGAGGCGCUCGUGUACGAAGGGCCAAUGACGUUCAUGGCCAUCGACUUCUUCCUCAUGGACCACGCCCUCCCGCCCAAGGCAAAGAAGGCGGCGAAGCAGGGCGACGAGGCAGCGCAGCAGCAGUCAAACGCCAGCAGUGGCAGCAGCAAUGGCAGUGGUGGUGAUGGUGGUGAUGGUGGUGGAAGGCCUGCAAGUGGCAGCAAAAAGAAGGAGGCCGCUACCAUCCCUGACAACCUUGAAUCGCUUCGCGUGUCUGAUCUCCGCAAGCUGCUGCAGCAGUUUCACGACCCGUGCAACGGAUGCAUUGAGAAGCAACACAUGAUUGACCGCCUCGAAGUCCACAAGCAGAAACAGCAGAAGAAGGAGCAGGUCAAACAGGCUGCAGACGACGCACGUGCGCACGCAAAGCACUCCAUCUGCGCCGAGCAAGUGCGAGCUCUGCGGGAGGAGAAUGCUGUGCUGCGCCGCCACCUUGAAACGCUCCUCAACUCCAUGCCCAUCGAUGGCUGCCCGGAGCCAAAGCCAACGACGACGAUCUUGGAGGAGACGCGCGAUUACAUCAUCGAGGAGGUGCCGGACGAAGAUGAUGGGCAGCAGCCAUCGCACACCCACGGCAUGGUUGGCGACCAAGGCGGUGACGACGACGAUGAUGGUGAUGAUGAUGAUGAUGAUGGUGAUGGUGAACACGAACCUGCAGCCCCAUCUCCCGCACGAGACUCUGAGGACCUGUGAUACUGUCACGUGUGCGUGUGUGCGUGUGUGUGUGUGUGAAUGUGAAUGUGAAUGUGUGUGUGAGUGUGAAUGUGAAUGUGUGUGUGUGUGAUUGUGGCAGUGCUGUUACGGCUGUGUUGCACUCGUCGACAUCACGACUGGCAGCCGGUGCUGGGACGCUGUUCUUCACGAUUAAACAACACGUAGUUUGG